AUGGAAACGAUAAGUAUACAUCAACCAAUAAAUUUAAAAGUAGUGAAAUUUGAAUUGGAUUUUACUACGUUAAAUUCUGGACCGAGACCUGUGAAAAAGAAGAACGCAAUAAAAGUACCACAAUUAAAAGAUAUAAAGAAACCGCCGAAAUUACCACCACCACAUCCACCACUGUUAAAUAAAGACUAUUCGCAGAAGCAGAAUGUAAAAAAGCUAGUGGAAGAUUUGCUGAGUGAGUUAUACGGUGACCAACAAAACUGGAGUAACGAUAGCAUUGUCGAUUAUAGCCAAGGAUCAACGUCAGCUGCAUCCGUGACCUCUUGUACUGACCAAACUGAUGCCAUCGAACGCAAUUAUCUAGAAUCAUUAGAUAUAUAUGAACUUAAAGAACAAACCGAGGAAUGGGAAAAUAGAUUGAAAAUAACUGGUGAACGUUUGGCAAGGAGCGUCCGAGUCAGAGACCGACUUCGACGACAACAGAAGAGGUUAUGUGCUGCAUUCACUGUUUUGCUUCGACACAUCACGGGCGAGAGUGGCGCGCGGUUUGGCGUGUGUCCAAACGACGGGGGCGAAGGCCCCGGCGAGGGCGGAUACGCUGAAUGGCUGCAUGCUAUGCGGCUUGUCGCCCGCCUGCCUGCCGGCGUUCCGCUACAUUUUCGAAAGAAGUUAUGGCUGACAUUAGCAGAACGUCAUUUGACUGCAAGAGGUGUCGACUGGCCGACAGCGGAACGGGCUUCAUUUCGCGGCACUGCUCAACCCGAUGACACUGAACUGGGAGCUCAAAUUCUCAAGGAUUUACAUCGAACUGGUUGCUCUCUAUUUUGUGGCACAGAAGGACGAGAAAAUCAAGCCAUGCUCCGCAGGGUAUUGUUAGCAUAUGCAAGAUGGAAUAAAGACGUAGGUUACUGUCAAGGCUUCAAUAUGUUAGCAGCAAUAAUACUGGAGGUUAUGGAAAAAUCCGAAUCUGAUUCUUUAAAGGUCAUGAUAUACUUGGUAGAAGCCGUGUUACCCGAAGGCUAUUUCGCAGAUGAUCUUCGUGGACUGUCCGCGGAUAUGGCUGCAUUUAGAGAUUUAUUAAGAAUACGUUUACCUCGACUUGCAAAUCAUAUGGACCAUUUACAAAGGAUAUCAGAUGGUGGAGGUGUAGAACCUCCUCUGCCAGAUGUAUUCACCAUGCAGUGGUUUCUCACUCUGUACGCUACUUGGCUACCGCGGGAAUCAUUGUUGCGUAUUUGGGAUCUGAUCUUACUAGACGGAAAUGAGGUUUUAUUGCUCACAGCACUCGCAAUUUGGGACAUGUUGCAAGACCGUAUAUUAUCUGCGCGCUCAGCAGACGAAUUCUACAGUUGUAUGGGCGGCGGCGCCAGUGCAGUGUGGGCAGCUGGUGAUGGUCUUGUUGCAAAAGUGGUGACAUUUGGAUCUGUACCAGAGUUACCACGACUUCGGAACCUACAUAGAUAUAGAGUAGCUCCACCAACUCCUCCUAAUGUACCACCAGUAUAUCAGCCGCCUUUACAUUCUGCGAUGCAUUCAAUGACUAAACGAGGACUCCGUUUAUUUUAUUCUGAAGAUGAGGGUGAUUCAAGUGAUGAUGGGAAUAAAAUGGCAUUAGCUACGGUCGUACCUAGACGUGAAAAUCGUUUGGGUGCUGGUGACAGACUUUCAUUAGAUAUUGGAGCUUUAAAACGUCAAUAUGCUCGUUUAAGAGAACGGCAAAGGCAAGCCCAUGUUAUUUUAGCAGCUGCUUGUGCCCGACAUGCAGCAGUUGGUGUUCCGACAUCGCCCACUUCUCUUACGGUAAAUAAUUUAUUAUUAGGGAAAAGUGCAAUAGUUAGUUCACGAGGGCGCAGACUUGGGCCUCCACCAGGGGCAGUUCCACCGUCCCGACAACCAAUAUCACCUCGAGAAAAAACUGAAUUACGUCCUCGAGGCCGUUCAAAUGACACUAUCAGUUGGAAAGAAGAACAAUGUCGUAAGUCACUUAGUAGAAGAAAUUCAUUGAAAUGGAAAGAUGUAAAAAAGGAAAACCCUAAAGACAAAAAUAGAAAAGCUUCAAUUGAUUCUGAUGAGGCAGGAGAUGGAAUUAUCGUAUCUGAAUUGGAAGCCAGUGAAAUGAUUGCUUCUUUGAGGUCACGUAGCUCAAGUGAAACUUCUUCAUAUUCAUCUCGCACAGCAUCUAGUACUGAUACUAGUCUUUGCGAUGAUAACGAAAAAGCUAGCGAUUCAGAAUCAGAAUUAGUCGAUGAUGACAAUGAAAAAGUAACAAAAAAACAUCAUGAUAAAAAGAUUUCUCCUGUUCCAAUUUUCAAAGAAAAUAAACUUCCAUUAACCGUAACAUCACCCGUGGUUAAAGAAGCAAGAAUAAAAAAUACACCUGAUAUUGGUUCUAAAAUAAUAUCUCCAGAAAAACCAGUUAAAGAUAUCAGUGACUAUUUAGAAUCUGCUGCAGGUGAACCACUACGCACUUAUAUUGAUGGAUUCGAAAGUAAAUUAAAAGAUAGUCUGAUUUUAAGAGGCGAAAGUGAAAUAUACAAACCUAUAAGUCCAUAUAAAAAUAUGCCUCCUUAUUCUUCUUUAAUGUCAUCCGAAAAAUGCGACAUACUACAAAAAAAUACUGAAGUUAAAUGUGAUGAUACUUUAAAAUUCAGUGACACUGUUAGGCCUAUGAAUCUUAUAAAAGCUUCUAAAAAUUUUACCGAAUUAAGUCCUAUUGAUCUAUCUCCAUGUGACUGUAACAUUGAAUACAAAUCUCCUUAUGAUUUUAAUUUUGAGUCUAACUUUAAGCAUACUUCUAUUUCUAAGGUAAACACAACGUCAAGACCUCCUGAUUUAAUAGACAGUUUUACAAUAUACCCAAACUUCGUUCCAGACAUAGAUUUAUCGGAUAAAAAUAUAUCAGAUGUUGAUAGCCCACCAAGAAGUCCUGGUGCUGAUAGCAUUAUUGUAAGCGAAGAUGAACCUCCAAUACAAUUAAAAAUCGACAAAUACUUCGAACAUAGUCCGGAAUUUUUUGGUGCGCGUGUGACGGAUCCCAAUAAUUCUGAUAUUCCUAAUAGAAGACCAACGAAGCGACAUUCUAGGUUGCCUAGAAAGCCAGACUCAUUGACUAUUCAUGUAAACACCAAUGAAAAAUUAAUAAAAACAGAAGUAGAAAGAGCAUCUUCUUUACCCCAAAGUCAUAGUUUUACAAGCAAUCCUAGUCCAAACAUAGAACAAGGCUACUGCAUUGGAGAUAAUGCAAAGGAAGUUUGUGUAGCUCAAUCGUUGAUUUCUCCUAAAUCCCCGAAAACUAGACAAGAAACCAAAACAGAUGAAUGUUUUUCUCCUAAAGAUUAUAUUCUACGUUCGGGUCGAAAAAAUAGUGAAAGAGCAUUACAAAUUAUACAAGAAAACUCUAAAAUAUUGAGUAGAAUUUUAACAAAACAAAAUAUACCAGAAACUAAUAAUACAAAAAAGAAUGAAGAUUUUAAAAUUUAUGAAAAGUCACUAGAGAUGCUGAAAACAAAGAAAGAUGAAAGCCUAAUUGAUAACAAUAUUGAAAGUAAACAGAUUGAUUCACCAUUACUCAAAGAAUCAACUUCAGAUUCGUUGAUAGGGUAUAGAAAAAAUAGGGUAAAUAGCGUAACUACAGAAAAAAAUGAAUUUGUGCGAAUCAGACCUAUAUCAAUAGAUGACCCAUUUUCUUUAGAAGUACACAAUAUUGCAUCUAGAAGUGAAAAUUUUCCCCCAAAAACUUCAAAGACUCCCAGUACUGAAUGUUUAGGUAAUAAAACGGAUUUAUAUGGAUGGGAAAAUAAGGGAUUUUUAGCAAAAUGUGAAUUUAAAAGCUCGUCAAUGAAACCGGAAUCCAAAUUCGAAUACGAUUAUAAUAUCAAGUUACUUUCUGAAUCUAGACAAGAUGACUUGCACAGUAGUGAAUUAAAGCCUACAACAUCCGAAUGGUCUCAACAUUCAUUCUCAGGUGAAUCAAGAAGUCCUAUUCCGCCAUUAACAGAACCGAAAGACCUGUCUUUAUACGAUAAACCUUUUAUACAAGGAGAUUAUGAUUAUCAGCUCUCUACUAAAUAUAAUGAUUUUAUUUUAUCUAAAGCAAGUGAUAUAUGUAGUCAAACUGUCGACCAGGGCCCGAAAGUUUGUGAGAAUUUAUCGAAGACUGAAAACAGCCAAGUUAGUGAUUUUACUAAUGUAGUAACUUCUUCUAUUAGUUUCACUUAUGAACGAUCAGUAGACGAUGACUCACCAAUGGGAGCCAAAAGCAACUCUAGCGAUACAUUGUGUCAAAUUACGUCACUUGACCAGGUAUCCACUCCAAUAUCGCCCAAGGUUUUUCCUAGAGAUACUCCAAAGGACAUGUUAGAAAUAAGUGAUAAAACAAAAGUGGAAUCGGAUGAUACAUAUAGUGGUAUCACUUCGGUUUUAGAAACAGAUCCACUUUCAUCUCUUUCUUAUCCACGUAGUCCAUCAUCAAGUUCCUACCAUCCGUUCCCAACGCGCCCAUCUAUACGUCUGCCAAAGGAACUUGGCAUAAAAUUAGGCAUGUAUCCAAAAGAUACCAUGAAUUCCCCAUCUAAAUAAAGUAUACUUUUGUUGAGAGUUAUUAUUGCCUAUUUAAUUUUGACGAUUUUUUUUAAUAAAUCUUUUUAUUUGAUCUAGUUAAUAUAUGACAAAGUAUAUUUUUAU